AUGGAACCUCCUGACAGUGGAGAAUUUCUUGUUCUGGAGAAAUUACUGGUCAAUGCUUCUUUGCACUGGAAAGGGGCAGAAGUCCUUGAGCAUGUGCAUUUGAGCUUCUUACUAUUUCUCCAUCGAUUAGCAGAAGAAGCCAGAACAAAUGCUUUUGAGAACAAAAGUAAAGUAAUUAAGCCUGAGCACGCUAUAGCCGCAGCAAAGGUUAUUUUAAAGAAAAGCAGAGGCUAG